ACGAAAGCAGCUUUGCGUUUGUUGCGGUGUAGGGGUCACUGCAGGUCAUUCAAGAUGGCGUCCAGAAGAUUGCUCUCCCUCUUCCGCCAGGCUGGUGUGCAAAGCAGAUUUGUCCUUGUCCGACAUGAGAGCAGCGCCACCUUGCCAUCCAUCCAGGAAGUGCGGUCAAGACUUCAGGACCUUGUCGGAGCUCAGAAGUUUUGGAGUGUUGAAGCGGAGGACCGGUCUAAGCUGGCCACCCAACUGCCCAGCAGUCAGGACGAGCUGACCCCGCGGCGGUCAGCUGAGUCCCGGCAGCAGGUGGUCAUCCCUCUGGCCACCAACGAGCCCCUCCGCGAGAAGUACAUCAACUUCUUUAAGGGCAUCAGAUUUGGUCGCAUCCUGGAAGACCUGGACACCUUUGCGGUGUGGAUCAGUUACCAACACAACAAGGGGGAGGGGGAGAAGUCACCACUAUCCAUCGUCACUGCGCUGGUGGACAGGAUAGUGAUGCACGAGCAGUUCAUCCACCCUGACUGUGACAUCAGGAUGACAGGUAACGUCACCUGGACGGGGAAAACUUCCAUGGAGGUCACCAUGCAGCUGGAACAGCAACAACAACUGUUUUCCCCCUGCAGUUCCGCAUUUGUCCACCCGGUGGUGCCUGAAACUGAGGACGACAAGGCGCUUUUCCAGCUGGGAGAAAGUCAUAAGAUACAGAGAAAGGAGCAGACAUUACAGUCCCUCUUCAGGCAGCCCCCAACUGCUGAGGAGCGACAGUACAUCCACGACAUAUUCCUCAGCACACUCAAUCAGAAGUCUGUGAGUUUUCGCGACCGUGUCAAGCCAGACAACAGUCGUUGGCUGGACGAAACGAUACUAAAGAACAUCAUCAUCUGUCAUCCAGAAAACAGAAACCUGUACAGUAAGAUGUUUGGUGGGUUCCUGAUGAGACAGGCCUUUGAGCUGGGCUGGUCCAACGCUUGUCUGUAUUGCAAAUCUCGGCCGUUCAUCGAAGCCGUUGAUGACAUCAUGUUCCGUGGACCUGUGGAGGUCGGCUCGCUGCUCUUCAUGUCGUCUGAGGUGGUCUACACCAGAGAUCAGUACCUGCAGGUCAGAGUUCAUGCAGAGGUUGUUGACCCCAAGACUGGUGAACACGAGACCACCAACAUCUUCCAUUUCACCUUCAGUAGCCCACUGCCUUUCCCAAAAGUCCUACCCAAGACAUAUGCAGAGUCCAUGCUGUACUUGAGUGGGAAGAGACACUUUGAAUCAGCAGUAGGAAAAGCCUGAAGUUUACAACCUACCAUCUGUAACAACACUUAGUCUAAUAAUUCUAGAAAAAGAGUUGAAACGUUGUCAAAUUAUACUUUGCACCUUGGUUUUAUAUGUUCUUAUUUUUUAUCCUAUAUCUUAUUUAUGUACACCUGCAGAGCUCUUUGAAAUUCGCUCCCAGUGGUGAUAUAAGGUUGGUGGGUGAAUAUAUAAAUACUGUGCUUAAGGGGGUAUCCUACUGGACUAUUGUUGGUGGCAUCACUGCUUU